GCCAUUUUCUGAUUGUUGAUUGCAGGAGGUUUUGGCGAGUGUAGAUCUGGCGCUCAGCGUCGUCAGCGUCUAACCCGGAAAAGUCGAGUAUUGCAGCAUCGUGUGUUCAUGGUUUGAGUUGGUAGGCGAACUGGAGUAAGGGAAAACUGAGAAUGGAGCAAGCGUGGGGCGUGUGCGUGCUUGUUUCUUGCGGAAGCAUUCGGAUGUGAGUCGUUGCGGCUAUUAAAUUGAGGGGCACGCGCAGGACGCCAAACAAAUUUAGUGACAGAGUCUGAGUGUGUACUUUGCUUCUUCCAGCUGCAAUGUAUGAAACAAAUGUGGGUGCACUCGAGCGGCAGUAUCAUUCUUGUCCUACCGAACUAGUAAUAGAUUUAAAGAUACAAAUACGUAAAUCUAGAAGCUUUGCAAUGAAUGCGAAUGGAGAGCGUUGCUUUUCCAGCAGGCGUGGCGGGUGUAUGAAAAAUUCAAGUUUCACCACUUUCAUGGCUGUACUUUAAAUACGGGCAAAAAUGGGACUCUGUCUCUUCCGGGAAGAGGAGAACGAUGCGCGCAUUUUGAAAAUUUCCUCGUUGAAAAAGCAAUUCGCGAUCGUUCUUGGAAACCGCGAGAACCUGAACCAAGAAUGCCAGUUUCUCUGGGCACAAAUCUUGCGAAGUAUAGAUUUUGCGUUUGCAUGCAUGAAUAUGAAAAUGAUUGUGAUUACCUCUUCGUACUCGUCCUGCUGCUAUACAAAUUCGAUCUUUUGUUGAAGUACGCUCCGCAAAAUGAAUUUCGAUAAAGAAACAUUGGCCAAUUACAGGCACCGGCGCCCAGACGGCGUCCGCUGACAGUUUCAUCGACAAGGGGGACGUGAUGAGCUGCACCCAGAAGUUCAUUGACCAAAUUGACGGUGGCGACGAGGAGUCUCUAGCGGCGAUUGAUCUUUUGAUUAACCAGCUGGAAAACGCGAUCUACUUCGACAAAUUCCUCCUGUACGUCCGCGACAUCAUGUUAAUUCUGGAUAAAGAGCUGCAGAGAAGGUACUGACCACAAGCAACGGGAGCGUUAUACGACAAUGAGCAUGAAGAUGAUGAUGAUGAUGCUCAACUGGAUCACUCGUUUCAAAACUUCGGCGUGAAAAAAUGUAAAUGCGCUCUUGUAGUUGUACAACUAUAUCUUGUCUCAAAUGCAACCUUUAGGUACGAGCACGCCCUUGACGCGCACGGUUCCCUGUGCACUCCCGCCUACCAAGAAGCUCCGGACAGCCCGGCGCAGCACUACUGCUACAAUGCCCGAGACUUGAAGCGAGCGCCGUUCCACGCCACAAACUUUGUACCAGCCGGCGGAGUGGGCGGCGUCGUCGGCACAGCGCCCAAUCCCGUGCGUUUCGGCGCGUCGCAGCAGGGGUUUGGUGUCCACAAAAGCACCUUGGCGCCCGUGCCCGAGGGCGUGGAAGCGACGGCCUCGCCGAUGAAGGGGUCGCCGUACUUCGUGCAGCCGGCGUAUGUGAUGCAGCAACAGCAGCAGCAGCGGCCAGGUACUAUGAUUUUGUUGUCUCUAUUGUUACAUCUACCAAAAGAGGCCCCACGCCGGAUCAUGAGAAGUCCUACAUGGAGCGGAUUUAUGGUCACGUCAACAAUCAAUCUGCCUCUGUUGUGUUAUUUAUGAUUUUCAUUUUUGUUCUCAACAAUCUCAGGAACCAUGCCACCGUCACAUCCUCCCCCCGAUGCUGGCACCGCCAACUUCACCGUGAUCCCCGGGAGCCAGAGCCAGCAAACCGCGCGAACGGAAUCCGCGUCGCUAACGGGGACUUUCGAUUCGCUGCCCGACGCGCGGAUAUUUCCCAUCCGCGGGGACCUAUACCCGCCGGAAGUCACCCCCUCGAAGCCCAGCAAGGUCGCCAGCGGGUUUGAAAACGUCGAGCAGGUACGGGACGCGCUGCUGGCAGAGGGGGUGCUGAUGCAGGUACAGUUUUGCUGUGCAACUAGUUCUUAGUUCUUGUGCAUCUUCGCUUUAUUCCUAUUUCAUUUCUUUGCUUUGUUGCAUGGGAAACAGAUUUCGUUUUGUGGUCUUGCAAUAGAAAUCCCCUGAACAACUAUCAGGUGUUCAAUAGCGAGUUCCUCCUAGAGUGGAAGUACAUCAAGUUCUCCCGGACCGCUGCAAACGCAGCGCCGAACCAGAUCCAACUGCUUAUGAAAUGCAAAAGCAUCGUACUAGUAUAAAUUGCAAUACAAAUUGGCUCAGCAUUACAAAUUGAAUUUGUAAUGCGGAUUUGCCUUCACAAAAAAAUUUGUAAUGCAUAAACGCAAUUAGUACGAGUACCAUACUUUUGCACAGGAUACUGCUAGCGCCGCAGCAAUCGAACGUGAACGUGAUGACGUUUGAGCUGAACGACCUAGAACGCGUGGAGCGAGGCCCGCAGUGUCUGGCACUAGGCGAUGAAAUCGCAGAAGCAGCGACGCAGCAUGUAUAAAAAUAUACCGAUUUUUGAUUUAAUAUGAUGAUCCUGCUCGCAGAAGUACGAGUAGACCUUAACGUAUUUUACUUUCGACACGAGCGAGCCUGCUGUAGUUUCGAAUUUGUUCCAAACUCUUUCUCCCCAACGCUGCGCAGGUGUCAGACGCGUCUUCGCGGAUGGCCGCGUUCAUUUUUGGCGGAGACGGUUUCUUAAUUUUGGUAUUUCCAGACGCAUCACUCGGCGACCUCUGCUUCAAGGCCUUCAAGACCUUCGGCCUGCAAGUUGGGUAGAUAGAGAUGGCCUGGUUUGUUUUAGGCGACAUCGGCAGCGCAGGAGAAGCGAGAGCACUCAGGAGGACACCAAAAUCAGCCAGAGCUUUUUUGCCUAGCCGGAGACCGCGGGGCGCACGAAGACUCCUACGGAGCGCUUGCGGUCGCUGGCCACUUGACGUGGUCUGACGUACGGGGUAUGCAGCUGCUCAAAGUAUGCGCACCAAGGGUAUCAUGACUCUUGGCGAUGAUUGAUAGUUGUUAUUCCUCAUCUUCAUCGUGUGGUGGCAUUAAACGCACUGAAAUAUACGCCAACGAAGGAUCACGUGGUGCGCAAAGGCAUCCAUUCUUAGAAAGCUACAACUUGAAGAAUGUAUGCACAGCCAAAAAAGCUGGUAUGAUACGUUUUGUUUGCACCGGAACGUUUUGUUUGCGCUGGAUUGAUCCAUUUUUUUCCGCCUCGCUUUGCGGGUCGGGUUGCACAAUGACUUACAACGAGCAUAUUCACAUUAGUGAUCAUGGCAUGUGUAUCUUUCAAUUGUGAUCGUAAUUGUAAAAAUGAACAAACAGAAACAAUUUGCGUUGGCGCCUCCAGCGCGAGUUUGAUGGAUAUCCUCACCUUCUAUAUUGUACUUCUCUUGCAACCGAUCAACAACAGCACAAUCGACCUCUUGUAUCUUUCUGGUUUGGCGAUAGAAAAAUAAAUGCUGCA